UGUUUCAGUAUUUAAGUUUAUGUAACCUAUCGCCGUUGUUCUUGUUUUACGCAUGUCUUCUUAUUUAUGUUGUAUAAUUAGUAAAGGAACGUUAAUUUUUAUGAAAAUAACAAUCGUGUUUACUCAUUUGUUUCAGUAACCUUUACACAGUCAUUGCCAGUGUUAAGUACACAUCACGUGCACUACACAUAGUGCUUACCUAAAUCCUCUAUUAAUUUAGUAUACAUAGCAAUAUACAUACGUAAGUAGUCGUAUUCGAGCGAUGAUUUCCGUAACGUGGUCACUGUGGCUGCUGUCCACGUUCGUAUGCAGCUAUUCGGCAACAUCAGAUGAAGGUGAAGGAGCCCUGCUGCUAACUCCUCUCAUACGGAAUGGUCGAAUCGACGAGGCUCGGGCAGCUUGCAACGUCACGUCCCUGGAGCCGACUAUCGAGAGCUACUCCGGUUACCUAACCGUGGACGAAACGUACGGUUCCAAUAUGUUCUUCUGGUUCUUCCCAGCUGCCAACGGUAAUGCGGACGCACCCGUCCUGCUAUGGCUACAAGGCGGCCCAGGAGCAUCCAGCAUGUUCGGUGUAUUCAAUUUGCACGGUCCAUUUUCGGUGCAGUACCAGUGUGAUGACGUCAAACUCAAGUUGCGUGACCAUGCGUGGACGACUACGCAUUCAGUGCUCUACGUGGACAACCCGGUGGGCACAGGCUUUAGCUACACUGCCGACGAUUCUGGUUACAGUACCGACCAAACAGCCGUCGCUCGGAACCUGUACGCCGCUUUAGUACAAUUCUUUGAACUGUUUCCCGAGUACCGGAACAACGAUUUCUACGUGACCGGUGAGUCAUUUGCCGGUCAUUACGUGCCGGCCAUAUCGUACACAAUUCAUCAGAACAACCUUGGGGCUAAGGUCAAGAUCAACCUAAAAGGGCUGGCAAUCGGAAACGGCCUAGUUGACCCUAUCAACCAGCUUUUCUUCGGCGAGUACUUGCACCAACACGGAUUGAUUGACGAAAACGGAAAGCGAAAAUUCGAACAAUUUGAGAAUGCUGUUCGCGCUCAGAUUCUCGCCGAUGACUACAAAGGUGCAUUCCGCAUAUACGACGAGAUGUUGAACGGCAUAUUCUAUCAGUACCCGACGCUGUUUCAGAACCUGACCGGUAUGCAUUACUAUUACAACAUGCUGCUGGACCAGAAACCACCGUCGUUGGAUGAUUGGAUGAAGUUCGUGGAAAACCCGUCUGUGAAGGCCGCGUUGCACGUGGGCUCACGGCCGCUGAACAACAAUUUGGUGGUCUAUCAGCACUUGCUUGGUAACGUACUGCAAUCAGUGGCCCCAUGGUUGGGUAGCCUGUUGGAUGCUGGCCGGUACCGGGUUUUGUUAUACAGCGGACAGCUUGACAUCAAGUUACAUCACCGGGGCAACAUGCGUAUGGCUCAGUCGCUUGAAUGGACAGGCGCGGAACGAUUUAGAAAUACCACGGAACGUACAGUUUGGCGCGUUCGCGAACAGAAAAAUGGAUGUGAAGGCGGAAACAAGACCACCGUGGCCGGUUACGCGACAACGUCCGGUCCGCUGACCGUGCUUUUAGUGAGGGAUGCUGGCCAUAUGGUGCCAGCCGAUCAGCCGGUCUGGGCCCUCGACCUCAUCGACCGGUUCACUGCUGGAAAAACGUUUUGACUUACAGGAACCGGGUUCCGUCGACGAUAAUAUUAUACUAAAGACGAGUUGUUUUUAUGUACAAUGUACCAGAUAUAAUAUACCAUAACUCAUAUUCGA